AUGGAAGAUCAAAAUGCUUCCAGUGGAUUUGGCAAAAAUUUCCGCAAGGUUAAACCUUACCUUGCCAUGGUGUCCCUUCAGUUUGGUUACUCAGGAAUGUACAUCAUCACCAUGGUUUCUUUCAAGCAUGGCAUGAGCCAUUGGGUACUCUCAGUGUACCGUCAUAUAGUUGCCACACUCAUCAUGGCCCCUAUUGCAUUUUUCCUUGAAAGAAAAAUACGACCAAAGAUGACUCUCCCUGUGUUCCUGAGGCUAGCCGUUCUUGGUUUCGUCGAGCCAGUGCUUGAUCAAAACUUGUACAACAUGGGGAUGAAGAACACCUCAACAACGUUUGCAUCGGCCACGGUUAAUGUUCUCCCAGCCAUUACUUUUAUAAUGGCACUUAUUUUCAGGUUAGAGACAGUGAAUUUGAGAAAAAUACAUAGCGUGGCCAAGGUAAUUGGAACCGCAGUAACAGUCUCAGGAGCCAUGGUUAUGACUUUGUACAAAGGCCCUGCCCUUCAGUUCGCCAAGGGUCAAGCAACCCACCAUGAAAGUGGCAGCACCACACAACCCUCUGAACAAAACUGGGUGCUUGGCACAGUAAUGCUGCUAGCAAGUUGUGGUGGUUGGGCUAGUUUCUUUAUCUUGCAAUCUUUCACUUUGAAGAUGUACCCGGCAGAGCUUUCAGUCACAGCUUGGAUUUGCUUUCUGGGAAUUUUUGAGGGUUCAAUUGCAACCCUUAUAUUUGAACGUGAUAUGAGUGUGUGGUCCAUAGGCAUCGACUCAAGGCUCCUUGCUUGUGUUUAUUCUGGUUUGGUAUGUUCUGGAAUGGCAUACUAUGUACAAGGAGUUGUGACCAGGGAACGUGGACCUGUGUUUGUGACUUCUUUCAGUCCACUAUGUAUGAUUAUCACUGCGGCAUUAGGAUCCAUUGUAUUGGCUGAGCAAGUUUACAUGGGAAGUGUAAUUGGAGCUAUUAUCAUUGUGAGUGGACUUUAUACAGUGGUGUGGGGAAAAAGCAAAGACAAUGUGAACAAAAGCGAGGCAGAGAAACGUGAGGGCCAAGAAUUGCCAAUUAAGGACAGUACAGCAUCAGGAUCAGACAUUUUUGACGGCAUUGAGAUCAAUGUUCCAACUGGGGCAGGAAAGAAUGUGGUUGCAUCACCAAGAACUUAA